GACAUGGCCUGUCUGAUGGCCGCCUGGUCCGUCCACAACCCGACCGUCACCAACUCCAUCAUCAUGAACACCAACGGGCCUCCGGACCUGAUGUUGGACCCCCGGACGGUGUGUGUCUGCAUGGACGAGGCGGUGAAGGCACGUCCGGCGGGCGGCCAGCAGACGCCGCUGCUGCAGCGACACCUGAAGAAGGUGGACAACAACCUGACAGAGGCCCAGAGGUUCUCCUCGUUACCACGGCGACCUGCAGUCAACAUCCACUUCAAAGACGUGUCGUACUCCAUCCGAGAAGGACCGUGGUGGAGGAAGAAAGGUUACAAGACUCUACUCAAAGGGAUCUCUGGGAAAUUCACCAGCGGGAACUUGGUAGCCAUCAUGGGGCCGUCAGGAGCCGGGAAGUCCACGCUCAUGAACAUCUUGGCCGGGUACAGGGAGACGGGCAUGAAGGGGGAGAUCCUGACCAACGGCCAGCCCAGAGACCUGCGCUCCUUCAGGAAGGUGUCCUGCUACAUCAUGCAGGACGACAUGCUGCUGCCCCACCUCACCGUGCACGAGGCCAUGAUGAUUUCUGCAAAUCUGAAGCUGCAGGAGAAGAUGGAGGCUCGCAGGGACAUGGUCAGGGAGAUCCUCACAGCUCUAGGUCUGCUGGACUGUGCCAAAACUAGGACAUCCCACCUGUCAGGCGGUCAGAGGAAGAGGCUGGCCAUUGCUCUGGAGCUCGUCAACAAUCCUCCAGUCAUGUUCUUCGACGAACCCACCAGUGGUCUGGACAGUUCGUCCUGUUUCCAGGUGGUCUCACUGCUCAAAGCUCUGGCUCGGGGGGGACGGACCGUCAUCUGCACCAUCCAUCAACCCAGCGCCAAACUCUUCGAGCUCUUCGACAAGCUGUACGUGCUGAGUCAGGGUCAGUGUAUCUACAGAGGACCAGUGUCCAGUCUGGUUCCCUACCUCCGAGACCUCGGACUCAACUGCCCCACCUACCACAACCCCGCUGACUUUGUGAUGGAGGUGGCCUCCGGGGAGUAUGGCGACCAGAUGGUUCGACUAGUGAAGGCUGUUCAAGACCAAAAGUGUGAGAAAGACGACCAAAUGGAGCUGAAUGGAGACACGAAUCUCCACCCGUUCCUGUGGCAGGGCAUGGAGGAGGUGAAAAUCAAACGCAUUCACAGCCGAGGGUCAGUCUGCGGGAAUCUGUCAGUGACCUUCUGCUGUGUGUUUGUGUCUGUUGGCCAGGAGAAAGACUCGUCUGAAGGCUGCCACAGUUUCUCUGCCAGCUGCAUGACUCAGUUCUCCAUCCUGUUCAGGAGAACCUUCCUCAGUAUCCUCCGAGACUCUGUGCUGACUCACCUGAGGAUCUCGUCUCACAUCGGGAUCGGGGUUCUGAUCGGGCUGCUCUACCUGGGAAUCGGGAACGAGGCCAAGAAGGUUCUGAGCAACUCCGGCUUCCUCUUCUUCUCCAUGCUGUUCCUCAUGUUUGCAGCACUGAUGCCAACAGUGCUCACAUUUCCUCUUGAGCUGGGCGUUUUUCUGAGGGAACAUCUCAACUACUGGUACAGUCUGAAGGCCUACUACCUGGCCAAGACCAUGGCAGACGUACCCUUCCAGGUAGUGUUCCCGGCGGUCUACUGCAGUAUCGUGUACUGGAUGACGGCCCAGCCUCCAGAUGCUGGCCGGUUCUUCCUCUUCCUGUCUCUGGGAGUCCUGACCUCUUUGGUUGCUCAGAGUCUGGGUCUCCUGAUUGGAGCGGCCUCCACGUCACUGCAGGUGGCCACGUUUGUGGGUCCGGUCACCGCCAUCCCGGUUCUGCUGUUCUCCGGGUUCUUUGUCAGUUUUGACACCAUCCCCUGGUACCUGCAGUGGAUUUCCUACAUCUCCUACGUCAGGUACGGCUUUGAGGGCGUCAUCCUGUCCAUCUACGGUCUGGAUCGAGAGGAUCUCCACUGUGACGAGGACCAAGCGUGUCACUUCCAGAAGUCCGAGGCCAUCCUGAAGGAGCUCGACAUGCUGGACGCCAAACUCUACCUGGACUUCAUCAUCCUGGUCAUCUUCUUUUUCUCACUGAGGCUCAUCGCCUACUUUGUCCUCCGCUACAAGAUCUACUCUGAGAGGUAGACCCGAACUAGGCCAGGGAACAGGUCCUGGAUCUG